AAAAGUUUAUGUGCCUUGUUCUGGUAAUUCCUCCUCUUCCCCUUAGACUAUUAUAUAUAUUUUAAAAAGAGUAAAGAAACAAAGGCGGAGGAUUAGAGGAAAGAACAGAUGACACUAGAGAAAGAGAUCUUGGCAGUGUGAGUCCUCAGAGGCAUUAGUAACUGGAAGUGAAGAUUCUGUGGUACAGAAAGUGCUGCUACUUCCCUGAAGGGGCUAUGAAGAGGUGUCUGGUCUGGAUUCUUCCAUGUUUUCUGUGGACAUGCUGUAGUUCUCAAAAUGUGUGUGAAGAACCACCCGACAUUGAUUUUGGGGAAAUUAUAAGUGAUGAGAGAGUCGCAUAUCAGGAAAGCGACAGAGUGCAAUUUAGGUGCAACCCUGGCUAUACUUUGGAAGGGUCAGAAUGGAUAACAUGUCAUCAGAUGAAGUGGACACCUCCACCAAAGUGUUUGGCUCCUUGCAGUAUCACAACACAACAGCUGGAUACCCAAAAUCUUCUUUCGGCUCGUGGCCGAAGACGUUCACAAAUGAUUCAAAAUAAUAAUACAAUUGAAUUCCUGUGCAGGAAAGGAUAUGUCCUGACAACUCCUUCAGUUGCGAAAUGUGUUGAUGGUCACAUCAAUUUGCCAUCAUGUAUCUCUGAAAGAGGAAAGAACUGCAGUCUUCCACCUACCAUUCGGAAUGGAGACAUUAUUACCUUAUAUCAGAAACAGUACACAUCUGGCUCUUGGGUAGAAUUCAAAUGCCAACAAUAUUAUGCCAUAGAAGGACAUAACAGAUCAUUUUGCGACAAUGGAAACUGGACCAAAAUACCUGUUUGCCUAGAGCCCUGUACAAUCUCAAUGGCAGACAUAGAACGCCAGAAGCUAGAGGUAAAAGGGAGUCCACCUGAGACUACAUCUGCAAAUCUGCACCUUCCACAUGGUGAUUCUGUUGAGGUUGGCUGUAAAUCAGGAUAUGUCCCUGCAACACAUCUUUCCCAAUCUGCUUUUAUAAUUCAGUGCAAUGGCGGGUCAGUUUUGUAUCCUGAAUGCAAAGAAAUUACAUGUCAUCCUCCCAGAGUGGCUAAUGGUGCUUUCAUACCUCUAAGGAAUGUGUACCAAGAUGGGGAUCUGAUUCAACUUAUAUGUGACAAUGGAUUCCAGUUAGAUCAAAAUACAGUCAAAUGCACAAGGAAUGGAUGGUCACCUUCGCCAAAGUGUAGUCAAAAUACUUGUGGACCACCUCCCAUAGUUCAUGGUUCUGCUCUUGAGAGAAUUAAAGUAACCUAUCACUCUGGAGAAACAGUAAAUUACCAGUGUCACCCAGGUUUUGCUGCUGAUGGACCACUGACUAUGACAUGUCGAGGAGGAAAAUGGACAGAAUCUUCUCCUUGUGAAGGUGCUUCCCCCUCCUGGCGGAUUUGCGCAGAUGCACUGAGAAAUUGGUUUAAAAAAAAUAAAAUUCUGUCAGAUGCAACCUGCAGAGAGCCCCCUACAGUUGAUAAUGCUGAUAUUCUCAAUGGUCCAGAAGCGCUUUACCUGCCCAAUCAGCAUGUGCAGUACCAGUGCCAUGAAGGUUUUGAGAUGUCUGGAUCGGCCACCAUUAUAUGUGUAAAUAAAAUGUGGUCAAAACCACCAGUGUGUGAAGAUGUAGCUUGUUCUCCUCCAGUUACUAAUGCUAAUCUUUCUGGUCGACGAAAGGAAAAGUAUUUGCCUUUGGAGACAGUGCGCUUUCGCUGUUCCCUGGGUCAGAGUCUUUUUGGACCUCCAGCAGCAACAUGUCGUAACAAACAAUGGACAGAAUUACCAAAAUGUCAAGCUGCUGGAGGAAACUGUGGUCGCCCACCUGCUAUUGAAAAUGGAGACUUCCUUGAAGCUGCCAAUGUCCAAUAUUCACGAGGUUCAGUAGUGCACUACAAAUGCCAAAGGCACUAUGUAAUAAAUGGAUCUGCAGAAGUACGAUGUGUUAACGGUCAUUGGACAGAACCACCGAUAUGCCUAGUGGCCUGUACAAUAACUGAAGAAGCAAUGCGAAGUCACAAUAUACAACUGAGGUGGCUCAAUGAUCAAAAACUGUAUACUGAAUCGGGGAAACUUGUGGAAUUUGUCUGUAGACGUGGCUAUCGUCUAGCUCCAUCAUCCCCUUCCUUAAGAGCACUUUGUAUAGAGGGCAACCUGGAAUAUCCAAGUUGUGUACAGGCACGUUAAAAUGAAUGGAAGAAGCACAUAGAUGCAUUUAAGCAGGGUUUGAUUACUUAUCGAGUUUCUAAUAUUAUUGUAUCAAGCUGACUUUCCUUGGAUUAUAUACAACUGCUCACAACAGAUCACUAAGCCAACACUGGAAACCAACUUCUGGAAGCCACACCUACAAUUUUUAUGAAGGUUAAAGUUAUACAUGUGCUAUAGACAUGUGUCUAAUUUAAUGAGAUAUAAUGUAAACCAUUGCAAUAUGACAGUAUAGAAACAAAAAGAAUAUAUCAUACAUUAAAAACGAAGAAUUUAAUAAAUAUAUUUCAAACUCUAGUCACUGAUACAGCAAUUAGUGUAACAGCUCUUCAUUGCGAUGGAAUAUUGUUUGUGUGUGUGUAUCUGCAAUAGAUUUUUCUGAUCUGUGGAGAUUUUGUGUUAAUUUAUCCACCACAUUUAAAUGUGUGUGCUAGAUGGGUUUUUCUUUGUUGGUGUCUAUUAGAAAUCAUUUGCAUACAAAUGCUUUGGCUCCUUUGCUCAUUAACACUUCAGAUUAAGCAUCUCAAGACUCUCACAACCAAUAUUUGUGGCUGUCUUUCUGUGACUAUCAGUAUGGUUAAAAUGUGCAUCCUUGCUAGGAAUGCCAUUCCAGGCUUCAUAUGUGGGGAAGGUAAAGGUUUUGGUAGGAGACAGUAAGAUUCAUAGCAGCAUUGAAGGGCUGCUCUUAGAUUUAUUGAAAAUAAAAUGGUCAAAAAGCAGCAUAAUGUAAGAACAUUCCUUGUGGUUAUUUCUGACACCUCAUAAUAAUUGGAAAUAAAUGCUCCUCCUGACAAGUAGUAAACAUGCUAUCUGAAAGUGAAUGUUCCAGCCCUCUCAGUGGUGCUCCUCAGCAUCCUCUGGAUGGGGAAACCCAGGCAAUGUAAUUGUUUAAUAAAAAUUCAGCAUGAUAGAGCAUAGCAUUAGGCUUUAUGAGCAAAAUAUACAACUAGCAGUACCUACUGACAAACUAAAGCGUCACCCGCUUAAGCAAGAGAUGCUUUGCAAAUAGUGGCUCACAUACUGCACAGCAUGCCACACGAGCACUGCUAUGCCUUCUUAAUGGCAGUUGCAAAAGUGCAAACUUGAAAAAUGCACACAUUGGAAAGUAAUGGUUGUGUGAUCGUGCAACUCCCUUGAGCAAUUUCAGCAUUUUCACUUUUGCAACUGCCAUGAGGAAGACAUAGUAGGGAUGUGCACAAAACCGGUUGACCCAGUUCAUUCUAGCACCCCCUUGAACACCCCCCCCAUUUGGUUCGGUUUGGGGGGUGUUCACGGACCGAAAAUUGUUUUAUUUAUUUUUUAACCUUGUACUUCCCUCUGGGGAGUUCCUGGAGGCAGCAGGGUGUGUAUCUGCAGAAGUUCCCCCUCCCCCCACCAGCCUAAAUCACCCCCUCAUCCCAUUCAGAAACUCUUCGGCCGGUUUUCGGCCUUCACCUGGUGGCCCGGCAGCCAUGUUGGGGGCUGGGUGCAUGAACCGUCAACCCCCCGAACCAAAACCGUGAACCCCGAACCGGUUUCCACAUCCCUAAGACACAGCAGUGCUUGCAGUGCACUAGACCUGUGAACACUGACUGGUAUAUGAACCACAGUCAGUUCUAAAGGCUCACAGUAUCUCUAAGACAAAAUAAAGAAGAUGCCUUCAAAAUGACUAGAGCAGGUUUCUGCAACGAUAAAGAUUUUAAUAAAAAGAUGUCUAUGGAACGCAGGUUACAGAAUCAAAUACACAUUUUAAUCAUGCAAACCUAGUUCCUAAGAAACAUUAAAGCAUAAGUAACCAUGGCAUAGUAACCAAAUGUGGUUUUAUGAUAACACAGUGAUAGGAUGCUGAUUAUUGUAGGUGAUUAUUGUAGGUAGUGUGAAUUAUAUAUGCUAGGGCUACACAUUUGGCCCCCUAGUUGUUGUUGGAUUACAACUGCCAUCAUCCCCGACUAAUGACUGCUGUGGCUGGGGAAGAUGGGACUUGUAGUCCAAUCACAGCUGGAGGGUUGAAGCUGUACAUCUGUUUGUAAAAACCAUCCAGAAACUCUUAAUCCAGUAAAACAUGAUAGUCCUCCAGAUUUCUUCCUCCCACCAUUACAUUUUUCCCCAAAUAGAGACAUGGGGUGGAAAUAUACACUGGUAGUCUGACAAACUGUAAAUUGUGUAUAGCAUUUAUAGCACUCUAUUUCCAAACAAUGCAGGGCAGGCUAUGGCCAUUAGAGGCAGAGGCACCAAAAUCUCACGUUAAUAGAGACUCUGCAUUUAUGGUAUACAAAUAAUAGUAGACCUAACCAAUUAUUGAUCACAUUGUCCCAAAGGUAUCAAUAGGGGGUGGCCCAUGGUGUACAGGCCCACACUGAAUUGCUUAGAUCCCCAAAUAUAAUCAGCUCAGGGCUGGUAUAGUGACACCUUUUGUAGCCUGUCAGAUUGCCUUACUUGAUAAUGAGGUCAUUGUCAUGGCCAGCCCUACCUGGGUAGGACAUGAGAAGCGCCACCCAGGAUUGUUCUGGAUCUUGCCACUCUUCUGCUGGGUAGCCUGUUUGGGAACCAAGGCUAAAAAUGUGGUAGGAGGAUACGCACAUGCCUCCUAUCUCACUGCCUGCUCAUGUGCAGGAUCAAGCUGCCGGCAGCCACUUUGACCAUAAAGGCUGGUGGAAGGAGUAUCCCAACAGCCAGGAGAUAUCCCAGUGAAUCAUUUUCAAUGGUUCAGUUCAAAUUUGAAUCAAAUUCAAACCAGACCACCGGUCCACAUUCAAACAAACUGGGUUGAAAGGCUUAGAUCCGGUGUGGCAGUCCAAGAGGCUAUGCUCAUAAAGGGGGAUCCAGCGAGGAUUCCCCUUUACAAGCAAAGGGGUGGGGGCAUCCUUUAAAAAUCUUCUAAGGGUAGCCACUUUCACCAUAAAGGCUGGUGGAAGGAGUAUCCCAACAGCCAGGAGAUAUCCCAGUCAAUCAUUUUCAAUGGUUCAGUUCAAAUUUGAAUCAAAUUCAAACCAGACCACCGGUCCACAUUCAAACAAACUGGGUUGAAAGGCUUAGAUCCAGUGUGGCAGUCCAAGAGGCUAUGCUCAUAAAGGGGGAUCCAGCGAGGAUUCCCCUUUACAAGCAAAGGGGUGGGGGCAUCCUUUAAAAAUCUUCUAAGGGCAGCCGGGGGGUGACGGCAAAAAGGCACUUUAGUGCUGAUGAUGGAGCCAGCAGCUCCUCUAAACCCUGGUGCUCCCACCCAGCAGCAUGGCCUGUGCGAUGGUGGCAUGGUUCCAGACUCCACACCUGCACAGUAGUCAUGCAAAUGGUCUCCAGGCAUGUGCGGAGGCUGGAAUUGUGCGGCUGCACAGGCUGCACUGCUGGGGAGGAGCACCAGUGUUUAGAGGAGCCGCCAGCAGCAAGGUGCACUCUUGCUGCUCCCUCAGCUGCCCUUAGAAGACUUUUAAAGGAUUCCCCCACACCUUUGCUUAUAAAUGGGAAUCCUCACUGGAAUCCCUUUUGCAAGCAUAGCCACUUGAACCUUUGAACUAGGUCAAACUGGGCCGUAACAGGCCGGGCCCAGUUUGGUUUGAACUUGGACCGGCCGCCCUUUUUUGAGGCCAGUUCAGGUCAAGUUCAAACUGGUUGAACUGGGCCAGUUUGAAUCUAACCUGGUUUGAUUCAAACUGGUUCCACACACUUCCACUGCUUGUGCAGUGCAUUGCGGGAUAUCUGGCAUCGCACUUGUCUUUCCCCUGCUUCCUGCUUGCUACGCGGGUCACCACCAUGCCACUUAUCUAGGCACACAAGUGGUGGAGCCCUCUGGAGGCUCGGAUCAUGUGGGGUAAGGCAGGUAGGCACUUUCCUCCCCCCACAGCACUCUCCAACCCCAGUGAGGUUGGUGGUGUGUACAAUGUUACUGGUUUCUGAUGGGAAAGAAUGUAAUUUUCUCUUACCCCAUCAGAUUUGCUUAUCCAGUAAGGUUUUCUGAUGGACUAUACCAUAAAUUUCCAUUGCUUUGUCAGGGUAAAGGCACUGGCUACAAAUGGAGAGACUGAGCAUGCUCUUUUCUAGCCAGCUCUCUAGGCAUUUCACAGCACUUCAAAUUUGCCUUAAUAAACACCAUUAUAGUCUUUCCCUCUUAUUGAAGUGCCAAACACAAGGAACAAAAACUGAUGCUUUUCUGUGGAAUUUGCAUUUGUUUUGUUCCCAUUUUGAGGAACAUAAUAAAAUCUGACAGGAAUUGUGGGCAGAAAAAAAGAAAGCUGCUUCCUUUAAUCACACGGAGCAUGUUCCACUGCAGUUGAGCAUACUCAGUUACGUGGGUAAGAAAAUCUGACAGGCUGAGAAAAAGGUUCUGUACAUUGGCCUUCAAUCAGUCACCUCCAUGACCUCUUCCAGAAAGGAAGUGCAGCAGUGGAGGCACCGGCAGAGAGAAUGGGAGAAAGCACUUAGCUCUCUGCCACUUCCACCUUCAUAGGUGCUGUAUUAUAGUAUUAGACUUUAAGAACCAUACACAGUUCCUCUUGGGGGGAGAGGAUUGUGUUUAAUUAUCAAAAGGGAGGCUGUGGGUCCAGUCCCCAAAUCUUUUAAGGACCUAGCAAUGCCCCUACAUUGCCCACUCUACACUUCUAGGGUUUUAAAAAUCUAAUCUGCUAGCUUCAUUUCAGCAUGAUAUAUUAUUUUUAUUGAACAACCAAGCCAAAAAUAUCCCAAGUAGCUUCUUAUGCCAUGGCUAAACUUUAGCCAUGGCAACCAUGGGCCAAUUCAGACAACUGGAAAAAUGGAAAGGAGUGGAAAAUGGAAAGCAGUGGAAAGGAGCAUGGAUGCAUGUUCUCUCCAUAAACCUAGUGUACACCAGCAUCUAAUUGCGUGGGGAGCAGUUUAGCCAAGCUAUCUCUUCAUUUAUGGUACAAAAAUACUACUUAAAAUAUUAUUUGUAGUUUGAACUGUGCAUAGAGGUGUGGUUUUGAUUAAAUUUUACCCAGCUUGAUUAGGCAAUGGCACAUUGGGAUGGAGAGAGACAUGUAUGCACCCAUGCUCCUUCCCCAUACAAUUAAAGAGGGCUGGCAGUGGUUAGAAUAUUAAUCCAUUAGUCCCAAAAAAGUUAGAAAGGAUUUUUGAAGCGGAGUGCAGCUUUUCCCAUAAAGAUUCUGAUCUGCAGUCUUAUAUUAUAUGAUAGCCCUUCUGAUAAUGGACCUUUCAGGUUUUUUUAUUUUAAGUUGUGUUAAUGACCUGUGUUUUAUAUUGUUCAUUGUCUUCUGUUUUGCUGUGAUUUAAAACAAAUAAAGAUUGGUUUUUAGGGCUG